CUGCGUCUUCCUUCACUCAAAUCUGGUCCGCAGAAAGAUCGUCACACCACUGCUUGGCUAAUAAACUCUCUGUGGCUUCUUCCGACGUCAAUUCUUACCUUUAUUACGCUUCCUGGAACCUCACCGUUGAUGUGUGCUCGGUACCAUGAGUGCCCACGACCCAGUUGCGACCCAGUCGCAGGAUGAACACAAUCACCUCAUCUCCCAGAACCCCCCUCAGUCCCGUCAGCAACAAAGUGCACCGUUUCAAUCCCAAUUAGAGUACCUUUCGCAGAACCAAAAUCAACUCCCCCAAAAUUUGGGUCAAUUUGGGCAGCCGUUUGAGAUGGGCUCCCUGGCCGGAGCACUUCCACCUGUCCAGUCAGGCAUGACAGGGAGAACAUAUGGAAAUGUCGACCCGACUCAAGGUCUUUCUUCGCCCACCAAUCCCUAUCAGACGCAUCAAGUCAUGGCAUUUCCAGCACAGAGGAGUCCGCAUUAUCCAGACCCUGCUUUGCUGGCGAGGAUGCAGCAGCAACAGUUUCUAGGUGGGCAUUAUGCUGCUGGUCCAAGUCCUGUUCAGAGGCAGCAGCCCUUUCCGCUGCAGCCUCAGAUGCCAUAUUCACCACUCGAUCCGUACGGCUAUGGGCUCAGUCCCACGCAAUUCUCGCCCAUUGACCCUCGAUUCGGACCACAGGCAGCAUUCAUGAUGCCGGGUAUGCCAGCAGAUCCAGCACAGUUCGCAAGGCACGGCUCCGCAGAUGCAGCACCUAUUCCCAACUUUCCCCGAGGUCCUCCGCGAAAACCGAAACAGUCUGGCCAUGCACUCUGGGUCGGCAACUUGCCUCCUGCUGCUCAAGUGAUGCAUCUCAAAGACCACUUUUCGCGCGACGCGACGAACGACAUCGAGAGCGUGUUCCUCAUCGCGAAAAGCAACUGUGCCUUCGUCAACUACAAGACCGAUGCGGCGUGCACAGCUGCCAUGCAUCGCUUCCACGACUCGCGAUUUCACGGCGUUCGACUUGUCUGCAGACUAAGACGCGGCACUGCAUCAAGCUCUCCUGUGCCGGCCGGCGAGGAAAGUACUGACUCGCCGCCUGGAGACUCACCUUCAGCAACGGAUAGCAUCACGGAAGACUCUCUUGGUCCUACGAUCGCGCGCAGUCACUCUGGUCAAGGUGGUGUAGAGGGUACAUCCGGGGAUCCUCCAAGUUUGUCGACCGGGGCUGUACCUCCACCGCCUGGCGAGAAGGUGCUAGAAAAGUACUUCAUCGUCAAGAGCCUUACAGCACAGGAUCUUGAGGCAAGUGUGCGAAAUGGCACGUGGGCUACACAGUCACAUAAUGAAGAUGGGCUCAAUAAGGCAUAUGAUCAGGCUGAAAAUGUGUACCUCAUUUUCUCCGCGAAUAAAUCAGGAGAAUACUUCGGCUACGCUAGGAUGGCUUCCAUCAUUUCCGGAGAGCCUAUCAGUCUGUCCGCAAUGCCGGCUUUGGAGCAAGUUGGAACCGAUCCCGCGGUAUCUCCACAAUCCAUCCCAACACCAGCAACCUCGACAGCUCCCAGGGGACGAAUCAUCGACGAUAGUGCACGUGGGACAAUCUUCUGGGAGGCUGACCACUCGGAGGACGAUGGCUCACCGACUAGGGACGGAGCGUCAGGGCAGAACUGGGGACGACAGUUCAAAAUCGAAUGGCAAUCAACAAGCCGCUUACCAUUCUACAGGACGAGAGGCCUUCGGAACCCAUGGAACGCAAAUCGAGAAGUCAAGAUUGCCCGCGACGGAACAGAACUAGAGCCAAGUGUUGGAAGACGUCUCAUUUCCAUGUUCCAUAGGCCUUCCCCUUCCCCGUCCGCCGCUCCGAACUCGGCUCCUUUCCGAUAACCACAGAUCUAACAACGCCACGCGCCCUUUACACAACAUUUGCCACCCCCCACCCCGACACUCAUCAGUACCAACUCAAAUCUUUAAAGCAUGGCGAGCGUUGGUCAUGAACUACGAAUACUUUGCAUUGCAUUGCAUUGGGAGGAGAAUCGCACGCAUAAUAACGGUCAUUUUUGGCAUGAGUGAAGCUAAGCCAAGGCUUGGCAAGGAACGAUGGGGAUGGAAGCGGAGGCAGAUGAUACCCAACAUCAAAGAAAGCGGAACGCUUCAACGGCAGGUACGGUACGGGUUGUAGCAGCACGCCAUUCCUUGUUCUCCUUUGGUCGCUUUCUUGUUUAUUCAGGUUCAUCGCAUCUCAGGUUUGUAAUCUUAGGUAUCAGUCAAACGCUUUGAUUGAGAGUCAAAAGGUCGGCGGGAUUGUUGUCUGGAUAGGUUUUUACUGGCUUAACCGGAUAACUUUUCAAAUACCAAUCCACAACGUUACCAAAGACUCAAUUUUGACC